CUAUAGAAAAAGACAAAAAUCCCCAUAAGGAGGAAAAAACCGCUGACGUGCGUGACAUAGCGAAAACUUGCAGCACCGAAUCACUCAAAUCAGGCUGGCAAAAACCAAAAAUCGAUCUACAUGGGCGAGAUUCCAAGAAGAGAAAGAAACUGACGAAUUUGAGGGCUGACGUGGCGACAGUUGUCUUUGACGUAGUGUGAGGCCGGCAGCAGACUGUGGCUGCCUUUUAGACUGCGUUUGUUACUGAGGCCAGAUUGCGAUUGGUUCAGUUAAGUGAAGUCCUAGCAGAAAGAGGAGAUGGACACAGCGUCUUCUUCUUCUUCGAACAAGAAGAGGAAGGAGGCAUUGGGGUGGAUGGAAUGGCUUAGAGGAUGGUGCUAUGUGAUUAAUGAAAUGCUCUUUCAAAGAAUCUUGGCGAGUCAUUUGCAGAACCCCUUGUCUUUGCCUCCGGUUAAUGAUCUCACCUGCAUUGUUACCGGAUCUACCAGCGGUAUCGGCAGAGAAAUCGCUCGGCAAUUAGCAGAAUCAGGGGCUCAUGUUAUUAUGGCAGUGAGGAAUGUGAAGGCAGCUCAUGAUUUGAUUCAGAAAUGGCAGGAUGAAUGGUCUGGGAGGGGCCUUCCUCUCAAUAUUGAGGUAAUGGAGCUUGAUCUGCUCUCCUUGGACUCUGUUGUGAGAUUUGCUGAUGCAUGGAAUGCACGUUUAGGACCAUUGCAUGUUCUUAUCAAUAAUGCUGGAAUAUUUUCCAUUGGAGAACCACAAAAAUUUUCAAAAGAUGGGCAUGAAGAGCAUAUGCAAGUGAAUCAUCUGGCUCCAGCACUGCUUUCAGUUUUGCUUUUGCCAUCCCUUAUUAGAGGCUCUCCAAGUCGAAUUGUUAAUGUGAAUUCUGUUAUGCAUUAUGUUGGCUUUGUUGACCCAGAAGACAUGAAUAUUGUUUCUGGGAAGAGAAAAUUUACAAGCCUAUUGGGAUACACAAGCAGCAAGCUAGCACAGAUUAUGUUUAGUAGCAUCCUUCAAAAGCGACUGCCUGCUGAAUCUGGCAUUAAUGUAUUAUGUGUAUCUCCUGGAAUUGUCCACACGAAUGUUGCAAGGGAUCUUUCCAAAAUUGUGCAAGCUGCUUAUCAUCUUAUACCAUAUUUCAUCUUUAGUCCACAAGAAGGAUCCAGGAGCACACUUUUUUCAGCCACUGAUCCUCAGAUUCCAGAGUACUGUGACUUGUUGAGAGCGGAUGAUUGGCCUGUUUGUGCAUUCAUAGCUCAAGAUUGCCAUCCAACAAAUCCUUCCGAGGAAGCACACAGCAUUGAAACUUCUUAUAAAGUGUGGGAGAAGACGUUACAGAUGAUUGGCCUGCCAUCUGAUGCUGUGGAGAAGCUGAUAGAAGGGGAAGAAGUCAAAUGCAAGUAUGACAGUCAGCAGGAAACUGCUCUUUCUCACUGAAAGGACCAACACUAUGCAUAUCCAAGCUACUUGUCUGUGGCUCACGUUUGUGGUCUCACAGUAAACCGUUCCAUAUGUCUUUGCUCCAAGUGGUAAGGUAAUGGAAUUUAUAGGUCAACCCAUUUCUUUUUCAGACAUACUCUUAACCAAUGACUAUGAUUAGUUAAAGUCGGCGUUGAACAUUAUAUCUCUUGAAAAGGGUUGGGAAGGUAUGUUAUGAGCACAGGGACAAAUGAUACACAGUGAUAAUAGUCUCAAUAUUGUGUGUUUGUAAAUUUAGAGAUGCAAUGUUGGAUUUGAUGCAUUGCUCUACUCAUUUAUGAAUCAGUGUACAAUGAUAAGACUCAGCAUUAUUAUUAUUAUUAUUAUUAUUUUUGACAAA